AUUUUUUCUCUGUUGAAUAUCAAACUAAAUGGUAUAAGUCCAUUAAGAAAUCUACAACAACAUAUCAAGAAAGGCAAUUUCAUAUCAUGGGUUAUUGAUAUUUGGAAUGCCACGUGCUCAAUUUAUUGUUGCUAAAUUAUGCUGCCCUUUAAACAUUUAUUGUGAUUCCAAAACCUGUCUGGCAAACCGUCUUUAGCUCCGGGACGAUGAUGUGGAUAGGAUACGCCGAAAAGCGAAGGAGAACUGCGUAAAAUACGCUAGCUUGUGAGCGAGCGGAGGACGGAGCGUGGUGCAUGUAUGCCUGUGUGUGUGUUGGUGUAUGUGUGUUUGUGUGCAUGUGUGUAGCAGCCAGAAACCCUAUGCCCUACUUUAACCGAAUGAUGCGCUAAGAGAGGAGGAGUGGGAACAUCCCAGAAGGCCCUCAGAGCGGCAGACGGAGAUGGAUGCUGCCGUCGCGGCGGAUGCUGCUCGUUACUACCACUGCAGCGCUCGCUGCCAUUUCCAGUCGCUGCCGAAGCCCUCGCUACUAGCCCGUACGCUGCGUGCGUGACCGAGUGGCGCUGCGACGAGAGCAGCAGCCCUCCGCCGCUCGCCGUGUCCUGUCCGCCUGUCGCAAGGACUUCCAGCUUCCCUGGAACCUCCGGUACCCGUUUUUUUUAACCGCCCGCUUCUGCCUCAGUUCGCUGGGCAGAGGGGGUCCACUGCCUGCCGGAGCAUGGACCCCCUGGCCAAACCAUGCCCGUCACAGGCUGACAGAAACCCCCCGACCUUCAGCGGCAGAUUAAAUGCUCUCGGAGCGACCGGAGGGGAUACGAACGACCAAGGCUGCGGCAGGGACGAAGCCAUGGGGGGUAGCGAUACUUUGAGCAGCUUCGCGGAGGUGGACGAGUCGCUGGAGGACAAAUUAAAGGGUCUCGCUUUCAGGAAGCAGACUUCUUACAGAAAGGCCAUCUCGCGUUCAGGACUGCAACACCUGGCUCCGGUCCAGAACCCUGUUUCGUUGCUCAGCAACGGACCCGCUAAGGAGCUCAGAACCACUGUGGACUGGACCGAGAGUGCCGUGAAUGGAGACCACCUGUGGCUGGAGACCAACUGCUCUGGAGAGCUGUGCUACCUCGGAGAGGAGACGUGUGUGGCCAAGAUCUCAAAGUCGGCUCCCCGGAGAAAGUGUGCAGCCUGCAAGAUCGUCGUCCACACCGCCUGCAUGGAGCAGCUGGAUAAGAUAAACUUCAGCAAGCCCCAUCGCCCGAGGGAGCAGAACAUCUUACGGCACCACUGGGUUCAUCGGCGUCGGCAGGAGGGAAAAUGUCGUCAGUGUGGAAAGAGCUUCCAGCAGAAGUUCUUCCACAGCAAAGAGAUUAUCGCCAUCAGCUGCACCUGGUGCAAGCAGGCAUUCCAUAAUAAGGUGACUUGCUUCAUGCUGCACCAGAUAGAGGAGCCCUGUUCGCUAGGGGCCCACGCAGGGGUCAUCGUGCCGCCAUCCUGGAUCAUUAAAGUUAGAAAACCACAGAGCUCCUUUAAAACCUCCACCAGAAGGAAAAAACGGACGUCGUUUAAACGGAGGACCAGCAAGAAGGGCACCGACGAGUCAAAAUGGCGUCCGUUCAUGCUGAAGCCGCUGCCAUCACCACUGAUGAAGCCUGUGCUGGUGUUCGUCAACCCAAAGAGUGGAGGAAACCAGGGCACUAAGUUGCUGCAGAUGUUCAUGUGGAUCCUGAACCCGCGGCAGGUGUUUGAUCUGUCCCAAGGGGGCCCCAGAGAAGCGCUGGAGCUGUACAGGAAAGUGCCAAACCUGCGCAUACUGGCAUGUGGAGGGGAUGGAACGGUGGGAUGGAUUCUGUCGGCGUUGGAUGAGCUGCAGAUGAACCCCCAGCCGCCCGUGGCCGUGCUUCCUCUUGGCACAGGAAAUGACCUCGCCCGGACACUGAACUGGGGCGGGGGCUACACGGACGAGCCGGUGUCCAAGAUCCUGUGCCAUGUGGAGGAUGGCAGUGUGGUGCAGCUGGACCGCUGGAACCUGCGCAUGGAGAGGAUGCCCGGACAGUCGCAGCCUGAGGAAGGCACCCAAAAGCUUCCACUGAAUGUCUUCAAUAACUACUUUAGUCUGGGUUUUGACGCCCAUGUUACGCUGGAGUUCCAUGAAUCUCGAGAGGCCAACCCAGAGAAAUUCAACAGUCGCUUCCGCAACAAGAUGUUCUAUGCAGGGGCGGCGUUCUCAGACUUCCUGCAGCGGAGCUCCAGGGACCUGUCUAAGCACGUCAGGGUCGUGUGUGAUGGUACGGAUCUCACACCCAAGAUUCAGGAACUGAAGUUACAGUGCAUUGUCUUCUUGAACAUUCCCAGGUACUGUGCAGGCACAAUGCCCUGGGGAAACACUGGCGACCACCGUGACUUCGAGCCCCAGCGCCAUGACGACGGCUGCAUCGAGGUGAUUGGCUUCACCAUGGCAACGCUGGCGGCGCUGCAGGUUGGGGGCCACGGUGAGCGGCUGCACCAGUGUAGGGAGGUGAUCCUCACCACCUAUAAGACGCUGCCAGUGCAGGUGGAUGGGGAGCCUUGUAGGAUGGCGCCCUCUACCCUCCAUAUCUCCCUCCGCAACCAGGCCAACAUGGUGCAGAAGAGCAAGAGACGCACGUCUGUACCGCUGCUCAAUGAUAUUCAGAAAGUGUGCUCAGCUGACCUUCGUCGCCUGUCUGCUCCCCCCGACUCCUUCUCUGUUCCCCAUGCCGUGCCAGAACGCUUGCGUCUGCGUGUGAAUCGAAUCACAUUGCAGGAGUACGAAAGGCUACAGUUUGACAAGGAUCGUAUCAGAGAUAUUUCUAUCCCAGUGGGCAUUGUGGUGGUGCGAGGAGACUGUGACCUGGAGACAUGCAGGCUCUACAUUGACAGACUGCAGGAGUCCUCUGGCGUCCAUUGGCAGGACUUGCACCAAGCGCCCCCUGGUGUCCGGCGCGUCCAUUGCCAGGAGGACGGACGCCCUCUGCCCAGAGUCGCCUCCGCACAGCGGCUCUCUGCCAACUGGAGCUUCCUGGACUCGACAUCAGCUGAUCGCUUCUAUCGCAUUGACAAGGCACAGGAGCACCUGCACUUUGUGACGGAGAUCUGUCAGGACGAGGUGUUCAUCCUGGACCAUGAGGCCCCGGUGCUGGGUCCGCCGGGAGGCACUGGCAUGCCUGAUGUGGUGGUGGAGCCCAGCAGUGGGGUUCCUUUGACAACAGAGGAACAAGGUCUUCUCUCUGCAGCAGCCAUUGGCGAUUUAUCCACGGUGUCGAACUCCUGGAGCCAGGGGGUCAGUCUGCUGGUGCGGGACUCGGGUGGCUGCUCCGCUCUGCACCUGGCCGCCCAGCACGGCCACUCUGAAGUGGUCAGCUUCAUCCUGCAACGCGGUUCUAAGUUGAUUUUGGACCUCACUGAGAGAGAAACAGGAGAGACGGCCCUCCAUAAAGCCGCCUUCCAGAGGCACCGCGCCGUGUGCCGACUGCUCAUAGACGGCGGCGCCGCCCUCAACAAGCCCAACUUCCAGGGUAAGUCUCCGAAGGACAAGGCGCAGGAGGCUGGAGACACACAGCUGGUGGCCUACCUGGAGAGUCACCUCAAGGGACAGCCUCUUCCCCAUGAGGACCUGGAGACGGCCGUGUGACCCUGGGGCUGUUGGGAUGGGGGCCAGGCCGACACCGCCAACACCGGUGGAACUACUACUGAGGUCAAAGUUCACAAAGGUCAACUUCUCCUCUGCCCUUCCUAAGACGGCAUAGAUACAGAGGUGUCUGUCUGUCAGUCAGACCACAGCGAGCCUGUUACCGAGAUUACUGGAGUAUUCUUCUCUCUCUCUCUGGUUUUGAAAAGACACACACACACACACACAGACACAAACACACACACACACACACACACACACACACACUCUCACAGAGAGAGAGAUAUUGGGGAAAACCAGGAAUGGACACAGGGACGUGACAUUACAUUGUUACAUUUGGACCUACCCUCCUCUGUAUCUCCAAACAGUGAGCUACAUUGAGCAGGACAGACUUGACCUUGUUACAGAGAGUUUUUCUUUUUUGCAUUAGUGUAUCUCUGCCAUGGCAGUUUUGGAGUGUUUGUUGUUUUACUUUGACAUGUAUUUAUUGGCUUUCAUUGUUGUUGUUCUUUUUUUUUGUAUUUAUUGAUUUCUUUAUUUAUUUAUUGAUUGAUUGAUUGAUUGAUUGAUUGAUUGAUUGAUUGAUUGUACAAUAAGGGGGACCGCGUGUGUCAUUAUUAGCUUCCGGGUCGGACACUAGCACCUGUAGCUGUGCUGAAAAGAGGAAUCCAGUUAGAUGGGGUCUGCAUUCUUAAAAACAGGUGUUGGGUUUUUGGGCUUAGGACGAAGACUUUGGCACGGCCACAGCUUCGAGUGUGAGACCUUUUGGACAGACAGAGUCGCGGUCAGUCCAAGUCUGAAACAUACUGUGGCUCUCACACUACCCCACCUGCCCUUGCCAUCCCUCCGACACACACACACACACACAGUAAACAGUAGUCUCCAUCCCCACUGUCAGGUCUGAGCGACUCCACCACGCCUAAAGUCCUCUGCUUUCUAAUGCUGUAGCCGCGGUAACUCACGCAGGCAUUCCGGGAAACGCUGCCCUAUUAUUACACAGCCAUGGGGAUAAGGUGUGUCAUCUGGGAAGAAUUGUGGAAUGGGAUGACUUGGGAAACUGUGUAGUCACACACACACACACACACACACACACACACACACACACACACACACACACAUAUUCACGCCAACAAGUUACCAGAAGUUGCCCAGUCAUCUCCUGACUGAUUUCUCUCAUCUGUGUGUUGAGUUUGAACUGAUAAAGGCCAACGCAAAACAGCGUUGGUAUAUACAGAUAGCUCUCCAUAUCCAACUAAAGAAACCCCAAAGAGUCAAGAAAACGGCUGACGAGAAGAAGCCUUUUUUGUAAAUUUGCUUUGCAGAGGAUUCUGGGAAAUCUGUAGCAUUGUGGCUGAACUGAAUGAAUCUCAUGUGUCUAUAAAGAGGUCUUUGUACAUUACAGCUGAUUCUGUUCAUUCUCUUACCCUCAGUUCUCUAGGAGUGUGGUUGUGUGUGUGGUGGUAUUAGUGUGACUGUGACAUAUUUAUCCUUAGAGGGGGGAAAAAAAGAAAAUAGAAGAAGAAAAAAAGAACUGAGCCAUAUUCAAUGCAAUAUGAAUGGAUGACAUUUGUGCAUUAGUUGGUUUACUUUUACAUUACAUUAAUGUUUUUUAUAUGACAAGAGGGAGGACAUGGUUGAUAGAGGAAUUUGGGAGGGCAGGGGCUGGUUGGAUGGUUCACUGCACCGUACCCUCGUGGGGAUGUCACAUUUUUCCCAAGCCGUUCCGGAGCUGUCAGGGCAGGCACAACCAGUCUUGGCUGUGUCUUUAAGCAGCAUUCGCAGUGUAACAGGAGGACUAACGUCUAAGUGUCAUCACCAGGAAAAGACAACAUUGACGUGUGCUUGCGACAUAAAAGGGGAUUCCUUCAUGAUACUUGUUUUCUCACACACACACAUACACACACACACACACACACACACACACACACACACACACAGAUUGGGGGGGGGACCAAGAUGGCCUACAUUUCCAUUCAGCUUUUGAUUCUGUUUGCUUAGUUUUCAGCGCAGAUCUGUGUUUGAAGUCAUUAACCAGAGAUCGUCUGUGGGCUAGGUUGACUUAAAGUAUGAGCUGCGUUCAGUAGCCUCCCAUGCACCACACAGUCAGUGAAAGCACAUGGCUGUGGAAGUUCACAAAUACAGUUACAUGUUCUACCUGUCUCCAUCUUCUCUGAGGAGUGAUUUAAAUAUAUAUGACUUGAUCUGAUCUGAUGUGGUUAUAUUUUAUAUUUUUAGUUUAUUCAUGAUUUUUUUGUGAAUUUUAAGGAUUGUUGUGCAUGGGAUUUGGUUACCUCUUUCGAUAUGUUUCCUUUUGAAGAAAAAAAUGAUGGCAUUUUGAUGGCAUUAUUAUCUUUUUUUUAAUUAUUUAAUUUAUGACUUACAAUAGAAUGGUCGUACAUUUUAUUUUGUACAAAGAUGGAACUACUUGAAUGUUUUUCUUCCUAUUUUUUUCUGUUUUUGUUUUUUCUUCAAUGUUAUUGUUGUGACAUCAUAUUCAAGUGACUGAAUGUCAUGACUCAGAAGUCAUGUGUCGCCCCAGUUCCUCCUAAAGUCAUCUUGCCCAUAGAGUGAGUAGCCUGUUGUGGAACUACUGACCAAGAAUAUGAGAAUAUCAAGUGAAAUGCUCCCAUAUGUGACCGCAAUCUGUACAAAAAAGCUAUUUCACACUCCAGUUUUGAAGUUUAUCUACCUGAAUUGGAAGAAACAAAAAAAAACAUCAACUUGUUUAAUUUUUGUUUAUUGUGGGAUGACAACACAAUUGCAUUUGCCUACAGUGAAAGCCUUUACACUGGUUUAUGACCAACUUUGCUUUGUGAGAACUCAUCACUGUCUGGUCACCCUCCUGAGAAAUCUGUGAUUCUCUAGGGAAACGUAUCCGUUAAUGUUUUUAUUUCUCUCCUCACAGUUCCGUCACGGAAAGGAAUUGUAUUGUGCCAUAAGUUAUUCAUAAUUAUAAUGUUACCAGUGACACACUGAAGCAGACUCUGACCAAUCAGAAAAAAAAAAAAAAAAAAAAAGACCCUCUUCUGGAUCUGAUGUUUCAAAUGCUUUCCAUUUACUUUGCCAGUGUUAUCAUUCAAUGUAAUUUUGGAUUAAUAUACAAGCAUGCCAGAUUGUACAACUGUAAAAUCUGAACAGGUUUUUAGAAUGACAAUAAAUAACAAAUAAAAUA